AUCUAGUUCAAUUCUCAUUAGAUCACAUUGACAUAAAUAUUCUCUCCUCUACGCUAAUUAUCUCUUGCUCUUCGAGAGCACCUUAGAUCGGAUAGGAUUAAUCGGGGGAUAUAAUCCUCAGUACAAGAACCGAAAUAAAUUAGUUGAGCUUCAGAUCAGAAUCAGACAACUUGUCUUCCUCAGUGUCGAUCCGCCGCGAAAUAAAGUUUAAACAACAACCUCCAAGUACAGUGUCGGAAUGGUCGUUAGACAUUAUCACUAUAAGCUCUUUCACGCUGGCCAACAACUACUGAUCUCGGCCGUGCGAGGAAAAUUCUGGCCGGUACACAUCCACAGUUUGGCGAGGAAAGUGAUUCACGACUGCAUUCCAUGCUUUCGUAGCAAGCCCAAGGUUCGGGAUCAAUUGAUGGCCGAUCUCCCAUCGGCAAGAGUCACCCCGGCUCCACCGUUCAUGAACGUAGGACUGGAUUACUGUGGUCCAUUCUUCGUGAGCUAUCCCAAUCGUAGAGCAAGUCCGGUGAAGUGCUACGUAGCGAUUUUCGUAUGCUUGGUCGUCAAGGCCAUUCACAUGGAGUUGGUGAUGGACCUCACCACGCAAGCCUUUCUGGCUGCGCUGAAAAGGUUCACUGCUCGUCGAGGUAAGCCGCAGCUGAUAAUGUGCGACAACGCAACUACGUUCGUCGGCGCAAAACGUGAACUGACAGAGUUACACCGACUGUUCCAUGACCAAAGCUUCCAAGACACACUUGUGAAGGAUACUAGUUCUGACGGAAUUGAGUUUCGGUUCAUCCCACUUUGCACGCCCAACUUUGGAGGCUUAAGUCAAAUCCUUCAAGGCACACUUCAAGAAGGUUCUUGGUACUAG